AUGCUGGGGUCCUGCCCCUCCCUGCCCCAGAUCACCAAGACUUUCAAGGGCGAGACAGUCUUGCAUGACGUGACAUGGGAGGUGAAGAAGGGUGAGAAAGUUGGUCUCAUUGGCGUCAAUGGCGCAGGGAAGACGACCCAGCUGCAGAUCAUCACCGGCAAGAUCUUGGCGGAUGGCGGGGAGGUGAUCAAGGCGCGGGCCGACCUGCGUGUCGCCAUGCUGUCCCAGGAGUUUGGGGUGCAGUUGGGGCGCACACUGCGCGAGGAGUUCCUGUCGGCGUUCGAGGAGGCUGUGCAGAACGCCAAGCGGCAGGAGGAGAUCCAGGCUGCUCUGGAGAACGUCGGGGAGGACAUGGAUGCCAUGGGCGAUUUGCUAGACGAGCUCACACACCUGACCGCCACGGCCGUGGAGCUGGACACCAGCCUGAUAGAGAAGCAGACCCAGCAGAUGAUGGCCAAGUUGGGGUUUAGCCCGGACGACUCGGAGCGCCUGGUGGCCUCCUUCUCCGGUGGCUGGCAGAUGCGCAUGUGCCUGGGCAAGAUCCUGCUCCAGGACCCAGACCUGCUGCUGCUGGACGAGCCCACCAACCACCUGGACCUGGCUGCCAUCGAGUGGCUGGAGGGGUACCUGAGGGAGCAGGAGAUCCCCAUGGUCAUCGUGAGCCACGACAGGGAGUUCCUGGACCGCCUGUGCACCAAGAUCGUGGAGACGGAGCGGGGUGUCACGCAGACAUACAAGGGAAAUUACUCGGCAUAUGUGGCCCAGAAACGCGAGGCACAAGCCCUGCAGUGGGCUGCUUGGGAGAAGCAGCAGAAGGAGAUGCAGCGCCAGGCAUGGUGUUGCUGGAUGACUGGGGGACUGCCUGGCUGUGUGAGCGACAUCGUGGCACGGUUGAGCGCCGGGGCGCGAUCUGGGCGCGCCUCCACCGCUGCCAAGGCGCUGGAGAACCUGAAGUCGGAGGGCGUCGUGGUGGCCAAGCCGUUUGUGCCCAAGCGCAGGCAUUUCACCUUCCCCAAUGUGGAGCAGAUGGGACUGAUGGCCCUGCAAAUACAGAAUCUGACCCAUGGGUAUGACGACAACAAACUCCUGUCCAAGGUCAACCUCGUCGUGGAGAGGGGGGAGCGUGUGGCCCUCAUCGGGCCAAACGGCGCCGGCAAGUCCACCCUCCUCCGGCUGAUCCUGGGGCUGGAGAAGCCCUGGUCUGGUACCGUGGAGCUGGGGCAGCACUCCAUCGUGCCCAACUACUUUGAGCAGAACCAGGCCGAGGCCCUGGACCCCAAUAUCUCGGUCCUUGAGACCCUGGAGAGGGCUGCGCCGGACGCUCGCAUGGAUGAUAUCAAGGCACUGCUGGGAAGGAUGAUGUUCACCGGGAGUGCACAGGAGAAGACGGUCAAGUGGCUCAGCGGGGGCGAGAAGGCUCGACUUGCCCUCGCAAAGUUCAUGCUGACAAAGGGAACCCUCCUGGUCUUGGACGAGCCCACCAAUCACCUGGACAUCCCGUCCAAGGAGACCCUGGAGGAGGCGUUGCAGGCGUUUCAGGGGAGUGUGGUGGUCGUCUCGCAUGACCGCUACUUCCUGAAGAAGGUCGCAACUCGGGUCGUCGGCGUGGGAGGAGGCAAACUCACUGACUAUCAAGGGGAUUACGAGUUCUUCCUGUCCAAGAACAAGGAGGAGGGGAGCAUCAUGAAGGCAAAGGCCGAGCGGGACCGGGACCUGGAAAAAUCCCAGAUCAAGGCCAAGUCAAAGAAGACCAAGGCAGAAAAGAUGCAAGAAAAGAAGGCCAAGGCUCAGCAGUACAGCAGCGGCGCAAACUCAGCCAAGAAAGCAACCAAGAAUGCCAAGCGUUGGGCGUGA